GUUCUUUACAUUAAAACUAAUAAAUCAAGUCCAAAGUUCAAAUUGUUCAGUUUAAGCUUAUAACAAUGGAAUCUCUUUUAUCCAAAUAUUUUUCAUUCUAUUACCUAUCUGUCAUAUCUGAAGGUUCAAUUUCUGUCACACAGUCUUUCGUAGCCAUAGCAUUAAUUCUCAUAUUACUUUGCUUUUGUUUCAGACGCGAAAGUGUCUACCUUCUUGACUAUGUUUGUUAUUUACCUCCUGAUUAUCUGCGGCUUCCUUACUCCCAUAUGAUAGAACACUUUGAACUGUGCAACUUUGACCCAGAAAUGGUAGACUUUGAACAGAAAGUAUUGGAAAGAUCUGGUAUUGGAGUUGAGGCUUGCAUGCCAGAAUCAGUUCAUGAGCUCCCUCCGAAUGAUUCCAUGAAGCAUGCACAAGCAGAAGUUGAAUUGGUUCUUUCCAGCAUUGUGAAAGAUCUCCUUUCCAAACACAAAGUGCAUCCAAAAAGCAUUGACAUCCUCGUGUCAAAUUGUAGCCUAUUCUGUCCUACACCAUCCAUUACAUCUAUGAUCAUUAACAAGUUUGGAUUCCGGAGUAACAUGAAGAGCGUCAACCUGAGUGGAAUGGGUUGCAGUGCUGGAUUGUUGUCCGUAAACUUGGCAAAAGAUCUGCUGAGAGUUCACAAAAACUCGUUGGCUUUGGUGCUCAGCAUUGAGGCUGUAGCUCCAAAUGGCUACAGAGGUGUUGCCAAGUCCAAGCUUAUUGCCAAUGUUUUGUUUAGGAUGGGGGGCGCAGCCAUUUUACUAUCUAACAGAAAAGAAGACAAGCCAAUGGCCAAGUACAAGCUUCAGCAUCUCGUGAGAACUCACCUGGGAUCAAAUGACAAAGCGUAUCAGUCUGUUUACCAGGAACCUGAUGAAAAUGAGAUUGUGGGUGUUUCCCUCUCACGAUCACUUCUAAAUGUAGCUGCUUCAGCUUUAAGGACCAAUAUAACAGACUUAGGCCCUCUUGUCUUGCCGUAUUUCGAGCAGCUGCGCUACGGGUGGUCAGUGAUUUGUAGGAAAAUCUGGGGAAGGGGGAACAAGGAAAUCUACAUGCCAAAUUUCAGGAAGGCUUUUGAGCAUUUCUGUAUACAUGCUGGUGGUAAGUCAGUCAUAGAUGCGAUAGAGGAAAGUCUCAAGCUGCAAAAGAAAGACAGUGAAGCCUCAAGGAUGGCAUUAUACAGAUUUGGCAAUACUUCGUCUUCUUCUCUGUGGUAUGAGCUGUGCUAUUUGGAGGCAAAAGGAAGAGUAAAGAAAGGCGACAGGGUCUGGCAAAUAGCAUUUGGAAGUGGAUUCAAGUGUAACAGUGCAGUCUGGAAGUGCCUUUCUGAUAUUGAUCCAAAUGCAAGGAAUGCAUGGUCAGAUAGGAUCCAUUUGUAUCCAGUUGAGAUACCAGCGUUUGACUGUUGA